CAACAUGGAAAAGUUACUCUUGUUCUAUUGUUCUCUUCUCUUCUGUUCUGCAACUAUCACCUUCACAUGUUCAGCCACCACUUACACUGUUGGAGAUACCUCUGGUUGGGACAUUAGCACAAAUCUUGAUACAUGGGUUGCAGAUAAGAACUUCAAAGUAGGAGAUGUUCUUAUUUUUCAGUAUUCAUCGGGCCAAAAUGUGGAAGAGGUUACAAAAGAAAACUUUGAGACAUGUAACACGACUAAUGUUUUGGCAAUAUAUGGGAAUGGUAACACAACAGUGCCAUUGAGAAAAGGUGGAGACAGGUAUUUUGUAAGUGGAAACAAGUUGUAUUGUCUUGGAGGAAUGAAACUUCAUGUUCAUGUUGAAGGUGAUGAUAGCAAAGCACUUGCUCCAACUAUGGCACCUAAGGCUGUGGCUGGAUCUGAUGAAAACACUGUCACAGUUUCAAACUCUCCUUCAUCAAAGAAGAGCACACAUCUUUCAGUAGGAACUCUCAAUUAUUCUGCAAAGAAUGCACUUCAGUUUGUUUAUGUUGCUGUUAUGGUUGCUGCAUAUUUAGCGUAUAAUGAAUGUGACUAAAACUUCUGCUUUGAAUGUUAUUUUGUGACAUUGAUUGAUGAAGCAAAAGGUCAAAGUUUUGCUUGGUUUGUAACAUUCAGGAAUUUAUAUACAGCAUACUUUGUACAUGUUUGAGCACAUUAAAGGACACACAUUCAUGUUGUU